CCUCGCCGCGCCCCCCUGCAUUUCCCCCCGUCUCCCGCCGCUGCGCGCGCGCGCGAACUGCUCCCAUCGUCCGCUGCGCUCCGAUCAACCACGUACAGGUGCAGGGGGGCACUCCCCAGCGCUCGCGCAUUUGCCAGGACCACCGCUCGCCUGCCGGUGCGCGCUUCUGGGGCCUGCGCACGGCCGGCGUCCUUUUCUCGAUCCUGACGCGACGCGGUUGGGCUCGCCACGAGCGCGCCGGAAAUAGGCAGGCGGUGCAUGCAUGAGCAGGAAGAGGAGAGAAGGAGGCGGCGGCGGAAGAGGCGCUGGGCCCGGGGACCACCACGACGGCGGCAGGGGCUCCGGGGCCGAUGCCGUGUCCAUGGACGGCGGCCUCCGCGAGGUGUCGGUCUCCGUCGUCUUCUCCGUCUGGUGCCUCCUCUUCCUCCUCCGCUCCCAGUUCCUCCACAGCCAGACCGACGGCCCCUCAGAUUUCUACGAGGAGCACGGCAGGCGCGACAUCUACUGCAAGGUGAGGCCGCUGGAGGCCUACGUGCUGCCGCACCAUAACGACUCCUCCCCGACGUGCCAGUCCUCCUACUCGCCGCCGCAGGACGCCUCGUCCGCCGCGCCACCGUCCAACGCCAGCGACGCGCCGUCGUCGCCGUCGCCCGAGGCGGCCUUCGUGGGGCUCGACGAGUUCCGGAGCCGGAUCAUGCAGGGCAAGGCCGAGAACGACACCGGCGGCCGGCCCGCGGGCGGCGGCGGCGCCGCGCACCGCCUGGAGCCCAGCGGCGCCGAGUACAACUACGCCGCGGCGUCCAAGGGCGCCAAGGUGCUCGCGCACAACAAGGAGGCCAAGGGCGCCGCCAACAUCCUCGGCGGCGACAAGGACAAGUACCUGCGCAACCCGUGCUCCGCUGACGACAAGUUCGUCGCCGUCGAGCUCUCCGAGGACACGCUUGUGGACACCGUCGCGCUGGCCAACCUGGAGCACUACUCCUCCACCUUCAGGGACUUCGAGGUGUACGGCAGCAUGAGCUACCCGACGGAGGCGUGGGAGCUGCUGGGGCGCUUCACCGCCGAGAACGCCAAGCACGCGCAGCGCUUCGUGCUGCCGGAGCCCAGGUGGACACGCUACCUCCGCCUGCGCCUCGUCAGCCACUACGGCUCCGGCUUCUACUGCAUCCUCAGCUACCUCGAGGUCUACGGCGUCGACGCCGUCGAGCGGAUGCUCCAGGACUUCAUCGCCGGUGCGGGACCCGAGGCCGACGCGUCGUCCAAGGACCGCGCCUCCGUCGACGCCGCCAGCCGGGACGCCCGCCGCAACGACUCCACCGCUCAGCAGGCGGGCCAGCAGGUCCCCGCCAAGCUGCCCGGCAACGGCGCUGGGCGGAACGACAGCGCCGCGGGCGACGCCCGGAACAACGGGUCCAGGGCCGGCGCCCCCGGCGACGCGAAGCUGCCGCCGCAGGGCAAAGAGGCGAAACCGCCGCAGGCGGCGGCGGCGGCGGGAAGGACCCACGGCGACGGCGUGCUGAAGAUCCUGAUGCAGAAGAUGCGGUCGCUGGAGCUGGGCCUGUCGACGCUGGAGGAGUACACGAGGGAGCUGAACCAGCGGUACGGCGCCAAGCUGCCGGACCUGCAGAGCGGGCUCUCGCAGACGGCCGCGGCGCUCGAGAAGAUGAAGGCCGACGUGCACGGGCUCGUCGAGUGGAAGGACGGCGUGGCCAAGGACCUGGACGAGCUCAAGAGCUGGAAAUCCAGCGUCUCCGGCAAGCUGGACGACCUGAUCAGGGAGAACGAGGCCAUGAGGCGAGUGCCAUGGGCGAGUGUGCCAUCGGAUCUUCACGGGUGCGGUGUUUUAUUUGGAAUUUCACUGCGGGGUGUGCAGGUGGAGCUUGGACGAGAUGCGGGGCGUGCAGGAGACGCUGCAGAACAAGGAGCUGGCUGUGCUGUCCAUCAGCCUCUUCUUCGCGUGCCUGGCGCUCUUCAAGCUGGCGUGCGACCGCGUGCUCUGCCUCUUCGCCAGCAAGGGCAAGGAGGAGGAGCCGGAGGUGGAGAGGGUGUGUGGGAGGAGCAGCAGGGCGUGGAUGCUCGUGCUCGCCAGCAGCAGCUUCACCACCCUCAUCGUCCUGCUCUACAACUGAAAACAGCUUAUGAGUUGCUACGUUCUUCAGCAUGUUCCUGCCCUAGUAGCUCAUUAACUCGGCUAAUUCUCUCAAGUAGAUGGAUCACUGGGUAGUGUGUAUGUACUCACUAUUUAGAAUAAAGCGGGAACUCAGAACACAGGUUCCUCGUUCAUUGUAAAACAACCUCGAAUAUAAGUGUUCUAAAAUAAUAUUCCCAAAGUCCAAAGACAAACGAAACAAUAUUGUUUC